UUCAAACCAUUCGUGACUCAUAAAGCUUCCCCAAGAUCAAGCACAAUGGUAAACACCCCUCUUUCCCCGGCGCCCAUCCCACACAUAUAAAUACUACACGAGGCGCACCACCCCUAUCGAUCUCCUCCAGCCAAACCGGCAGCCGGCAGUAGACACGAAGAAGAAGUUGGUUAGGUCACCAUGCCGCGUCCUCCAUCAAACCUGAUGAUCACCGUUCCAUUCCUCGUCAUCUUCUUCGCCUCUGCGUCCACCUUUCUGCCACGCACGUCUUCGUCGUCGUCGUUCUUCCCGUUGGACGGCAGCGACGACGGCGGCGGUUGUGUUGGCUUCACGGUGGCGGUGCGGCCAUGGCCAGGCCACCGGACCGCCGCCGACCACAUCGAUAGCCAUGGCGGCAACCGCCGUCGUCGGCGGCGGCGCGAGCACCCGUCGCCGGCUGCCAUCCCCGACGUUGUUACUUCUUCGGCCUUGCUCGACUCAGCGAGCGCGUCAUCCUAUCCCUAUCUGCAGCAUGUUAACUUCAGCUCCUCCGUGCUGCCCGCAUCCGCAAGAAUCCUUAUUGAUGGGACACGCACGGCCGGUUGCUCGUCGGUGGUCGGCAAGUCGCGCCGUAGCACUGUCACUGGCCUACCAGAGCUGAUCAGUUCCGACGAUCUGGUGAUCACGGCGACCAUGACCAUCAUGGCAUUAGCUCGUCGUGGUGCGGUCGAGAGGGGGAAGAAGAGGAAGAAGAAGAGCGGAAGGGGGAGAGACUCAGCGCCGGUGAUUGCCCCUUUUCUCGUGGCGGCGGCGGCGCUGCUGCUAGCGGUUGCGGCAGCGCCGCCGCCUGUAGCCGCUGCAACGGUGGCAGGCGGUGGAGGAUCUGUACGCUCGAACUGCAGCCAUGAUCCCAACAUGCCAAAACACCUCCGCUGUGACCCCCCGUAA